AAAAAAUCGAUUGACAUGAACAUUGAUACUUCAUGUUCUUCAUCACCAUCAUCAACAUGUUCAACAUCAUCAUCAUCAUAUAUAACUAUUACAUCAAAUGGUCCUGUUAUUCAAUCACAACAACAACAACAACAACAGAAUGAUAGAAUUUUAAAUAAUAAUAAUAACCAACAUCAACAUCAUUGUCAUCAUUAUCAUAAUCAAAUACCACAAACAUCAUCAUCAUCAUCAUCUAAUUCUAAUUGUCAAAUUAGACAACAACGAUCCAACAACGUGAAUGAUGUCGAUUUUCAAGAUCUAUCUACAUCAACAUCAACAACAAUUACAGAUAAUACAAAUCCAAUUAUUGUACAGCAACAUAUAUCAUCGAUUGAUAAUAUCAAUCAACCAUCAUCAUCAACGACAACUAUCACUAUCUCUACUAAUCAUAAUAAUAAUACUAAUAAUCAUUUUCAUAAUCUACAACAACAAAGACAACAAUCAUUAAUCCAUAAUCAAUCAACAUCGUGUUUGCAACAACAACAAUCACAUUCACAUCAAAUUCCAGGUGUCAUUGUACAACAGAAUAAUCAUUCACCAAUCAUUUCAACACAGCAACAUUCAACAUGUGAUUCUAUCAAUAGCAAUGCUAAUAAUAAUAAUAAUAAUAAUAUUAACAAUAAUACAACAACAAAUGCGAAUGGUUUAACUUCGACGAAUAACAACAACAACAACAACAUGGCCAAUAUGAAUGGUGGUGGUGGUGGAAAUGGUAAUAAUAAUGAACUAUCGACAAAUAAUGAAAAUAAUAAUAACAACAAUUCUGGCCAACAACAGCAACAAAAUUCUAUAUGUGCUAUUUGUGGUGAUCGAGCUACCGGAAAACAUUAUGGUGCAUUUAGCUGUGAUGGCUGUAAGGGAUUUUUUCGACGCAGUGUUCGCAAGAAUCAUUUGUAUACAUGUCGUUUCAAUCGUAAUUGUGUCAUUGACAAAGAUAAACGUAACCAAUGUCGAUAUUGUCGUCUGAAAAAAUGUUUCCGUGCCGAUAUGCGUAAAGAGGCCGUUCAAAAUGAACGGGAUCGUAUUACGUGUCGUAGGCCUAGCUAUGAAGAUACAAAAACAACAUCUGGAACAUCAUUGGCUGUUUUGCUCAAGGCUGAGAUGUCAUCAAGGAAGAAUUGUUCUCCACCAACUGAUACAAAUUAUCAAUCGAAAAAAAUAGCCAACAUUGAAGAUAUUGGCAAUUCUAUGACACAACAAUUAAUGAUACUUGUCGAAUGGGCGAAAUGUAUACCGGCAUUCAUUGAGCUAAACAUUGAUGAUCAGGUUGCUUUGUUAAGAGCUCAUGCUGGUGAACAUCUUCUUCUGGGACUUUCGAAACGAUCAUUAGUACUCAAAGAUGUUCUUCUACUUGGAAAUGAUCACAUCAUUCCUAGACUUACGCCAGAUCAAGAGAUCACACGUAUUGGUUGUCGAAUAUUGGAUGAAAUUGUUGCAGUUAUGAAAGAUGUAAAUAUCGAUGACAAUGAAUUUGCUUGCCUGAAAGCAAUUGUAUUUUUUGAUCCUGCUGUGAAAAAUUUAAAAGAUUCAGCUAGAAUAAAAAAUGUUCGUCAUCAGAUACAAAUCUGUCUGGAAGAUUAUGUAAACGAUCGACAAUAUAAUUCAAGAGGUCGUUUUGGUGAACUUUUGCUGAUACUUCCAUCUUUACAAAGCAUCACAUGGCAAUUAAUUGAACAGAUACAAUUCGCCAAGGCGUUAGGAAAACUAAACAUCGAUGAAUUGAUCACAGAGAUGCUUUUAAGAAGUUCGACCAAUAUUGCUCAGUCGAUUGCACCUGCAUCAAAUAUCAAUUCAGUCCAGAACAAUCUUACUUCAACCGAUCCAUUACAAUGGCAAAGGAAUCAUCUAUGGCAAGGUGCUUAUCCCAGGCAAACAUUCCCUGAGCCAAAUAUGAACAAUAUGGUUUCCAACAUGUCUCAAGUAGUAAAUGUUAUCAUGUCACAAGAAUCAAGUGAAAACAGGCAACAAUCCAAUCUUGCACAGCAACAAGCUACUCAAAUACAAUCGCCAUUAUCAUCGAGUCAGCCGACAAUGGCUAAUUCAUUGGCUAAUGGAGCACAAAUGUUGGGACAAGUGGAAAACAUUAUGCAACAAAUGAACAGGCAAGACCCAUCUAGCCUAAUCAAUACGGAUGAUUUACUAUCCGCACCGUCACAACCGGUGCAAACGUUCAAAAGUGAAAUAACCGAUAAUGAAAUCAACCCAUUCUAAGAAUGUUUAAUCUGAUUUUUUUUUUUGUAUAAAAUUGUGUAAAAAAUUUCCAAAAUUUUAGACUAUAGUUUUCGAUUAUUUUUACAGAUUAUUAAUUCU